AUGGUGAGCAUUGGAGUUUCCACGUCCGUAUGCUUAUCAGAAGCAACUUCUCGUAUGGAUGCAAGUCAACUCGUGACAGAUAAUGCUCUAUCAUCGUUUUCGACUUCACCAAAUUUCUCGAGCUUUACCCGUUUUUUGGACCAAAAGCGUUUUCAGGAAUUGUUUCCGAAUGCUAUUGAACUCUACGACUUCAACAGCCUUGUGAAUGCUGCUAAACGAUUUCCACAAUUUGCCAAUACUGGUAACGAUGUGAAAGACAAGCUCGAAUUGGCAGCUUUCUUAGCUCAAACUGCUCAUGAGAGCGACAACUUUAGAGCCGCUGAAGAGUAUGGCCAUGAAAACUACUCGAUAUCACAGUACUGUGACAAUACUACUUAUCCGUGCGCUCGUGGUCUCCGGUAUCAUGGUCGUGGUCCAAUUCAGCUUUCAUGGAACUAUAACUACUUCAAUGCUGGCAAUGCUCUUGGACUAGAUCUUCUAAAUCAUCCUGAACUUGUCUCUACCGAUUCAAUUGUGGCAUGGAUGACGGCACUUUGGUUUUGGAUGACCCCGCAAAAUGGCCAACCGAUUCAUGAUGUUGUCACUUGCGUGAACGGAUUCGCAAAAUCCACUCAAGUUAUCAACGGUGGACUUGAAUGCGGUCCAAACGCUAUCAAUCGAGAGAGCGUAUUGCAACGCUCUAAGUACUAUCUUCGAAUGUGCGACGCGUUGGGUGUGGACCCAUUGGGUAACAACUCAAGUGAUAUGUGCACAAAGUCUACGUACUAG